AAAUAUAUAUUAACCAAAAAAAGAAGAAAUAAUUUUUCUUUUGCCGAUGGGCAAAGCCGGGAGGGAAAGGAAACUCACUGGAAAAUGCAGAGAAGUUCUCUGUUAUUACAAAUCUCUCAGCUCCCCAAACUCCAUUGUCGGUUCAAUCAAGCCUACUUUUUCUCAUCUGGAAAAACCCAAAAUUUCCAUUCAUUCCCAGACAAUAGUGGCGAUCCUACAUACUCAGACGUGCCCAAGCCACGGACAGACAAGUCCCAAAGGAAACCGUACCCGACACCCAUGAAAGAGCUGAUUAAAAGGGCUAAACAAGAGAAAGAAUUAAGAAAAUCCCAACCUUGUAGAUUGCUUGAACAUCCUCCCGCCAACGGGUUGUUGGUCCCUGAACUCGUCGACGUCGCUCACCGAGUCUACCGAGCUCGUGAACUCAUCCUCUCCGGUUUGUCCAAACUCCUCCAGUUCAUCCCAGUUCAACGAUGCAGAUUUUGUUAUGAGGUUCAUAUUGGAAAUGUGGGUCAUGAAAUCCGUACUUGUACUGGUCCAAAAAGCGGUUCUAGGAGUGCCACUCAUGUAUGGAGGAAAGGAGGGGUGGGUGAUGUGAUAUUUUUCCCCAAAUGUUUCCAUCUCUAUGAUCGUGUUGGGAAAUCUAGGGUUGUUCAUGAUGAAAGACACAGUGCCCCUCGAAUCCCUGCAAUUUUAGAGCUCUGUAUACAAGCUGGUGUAGAUGUUGAAAACUACCCUUCAAAGAGAAGAACCAAACCUGUAUACUCUAUUGAAGGUAGAAUAGUGGAUUUCGAGUCGGUGGCCGGGGUGGAUGAAAUGGAAACCAACUUGUCUUUUGGGAACGCUGAUGAUACUGAAGUUGAUGUAUUGAGAAGGGAUCCAAAUUCGGAGUUAAAUGCUGAAGAUACCAACUUGAUAGAGUUGAGUACAAGGACAUUGGAUUCAUGGUUUGAAAUGAUAGGAGGUGUGAGAAAGAUCAUGGAGAAGUACAAUGUCUGGACGUGCGGCUACUGUCCGGAGGUUCAGGUUGGUCCUAAGGGACAUAAAGUCAGGAUGUGUAGAGCAUCAAAGCACCAGUCCCGAAAUGGUUUGCACGCAUGGCAAGAAGCAACCAUCAAUGAUCUCGUUGGUCCUAAUUAUGUCUGGCAUGUUCGCGAUUUGAACAGUCCUCCUCUGCGUAAUGAUUUGAAGAGAUAUUAUGGUAAAGCCCCUGCUGUGGUGGAGCUGUGUGUACAAGCUGGUGCACCUGUUCCAGAUCAAUAUAGAAGUAUGAUGAGAUUAGAUGUGGUUCCCCCUGAACGUGAUGAAGUUGAUCUUGUGGCUUGAAUUGCUCUGUUUUGUGCAGUGGUAUUCGAUGUAUUAACAAAGAACCCCCUGACAAAACCCUUCAGUCCUCGGUUUUUACCGCUAAAUUAUUACAACUAACCAAGCCUCAACAACUUAGUCUUAAAGUUUUUAGAUGUGAGGUGUCAUUUUCAUUUUGCAUGCUGAAGUUUCAAUUCCUAAUGUCCUUAUGACACCUCCUUCCAUAGCUGCCCAUUUGAAAUAAGGAUUUCAUGGAAGUGUUGAAGUUGGUUGAGUCUCUGGAACGGUAGGAGCUAAAUGUGGAGGAUAAUAUGGAAACAUCAGGUUAAACGAGGGAAGAUAUUCUUAAGAUGAGCAUAAGGUAGCUUCUCUAUUCAAGUAUAAUAAUUUUUGUACUCUUCUGCUGUAUUUCUUUGGUUUAUUUUUCAUAAGAUAUAAUUCCUAUUAUUUGAGGUGUAAGAUCUAAGUCCUAUGACUAUCUACUAAUCUCCAUUAUAUUCAGUUCAUUUGUUUCUGCAGAAAUGUUUUCUUCAUUUUGCUAGAUAUGAAGUUCCUCUUCCUUAUGGCAAAGGCUUAAAUCUGUAUGGCCAAUGGAUAUGGCUAUGUGUCUAACACGAAUAGAGUUAAUCUUUUAAAAGGUUUUCAUGUAUUUAGGUCUUUGGAGAGUCACACAAAUGUUCCAAUAUGUUCCAGACACAAAUAUUUUAAGAAAAAUGAAGAGUGGGAACAAUAUAAGAUCAUUAUUAUCACAAACCAAUAUCUAACAUUCAUCCGAGUUUGGAUAACAUAGGACAUCUGUACCCUGGAUGAUCAGCAGAGCUAUACUUGUAAUUCACAUUGGUUUUUCAGGUGAGGUUCAAGAUCAAAAGUCGUUGUUUUUACCUUUUUCUUUGCAUGAGGUUGAGAUUGAAUAUAAGUAGCAGAAUGUCUUCAAAUUCAUUCAAGAAAGCAACCUUUUGGUUGACCAGCAAUUCUUUUGAUGGGUAGUCUGUUGUCAUUGUUUCACCCUGUGACAUUGUCAUGCAGCCAUUGCUACUUCAAUUUCUAGCUGUUGAAAACCAAAGGGUUCAUUCAUGUUCUUAGAGAUUUAACAGGCUUAGCGGACGGAGCCAUUUCCAUCCAAAUGCAGGUCUCAACUCUGUUAUGUCUAGGGUUGAGCAAAAGUGACUUAACCAAGCUAUCCGAGUAAAAUGGUUGGAUCAUGUGGGUUGAGUUAUGAUUUUUUGUUAGAAUUCGUUGGUUUUGUCGGUUACCAGUUUAGAAAGUGACUUCUCUGCAGUUGUAUCAAACAUGAAAACUAAAAGGGUAGGUUUGUUUUCUGAAAAGCAUUGUAGAUUCGAUGUGAAAUAGUGAAUUUAGAAGUUUGGUUUAUAGUUUUACUUUAAUUCCCAGCACAAACGAGUGUUGAAAUUUGGUGCAUUUGACUGCUA